AUGCAUUCCCUCCUCGUCCUCUUCGUCUCCCUCCUCGCCCUCGGAGCCCUCAAGAAAUACGUGGACUUCCGCGCAGCCGUCGACAAGAUACACAACUACCCCGGGCUCCGCUUCAUCUUCGGUGUGCAGUCCUUCAUCUUCGGGAAGCGCAUCCCUUACUUCGCCGCGGGUGGCUUAAGCUUGUGGAACACAAAGCACCAGGACUUUGUCGACCAUGACGCAGACAUCAUCUCUUCGGUCAAUAUAUUUCCCACAUGCGCUACGUACAUGAUUGCGGAUGCACAGGCAAUCAAGGAAAUCACAACCAACAGGGCUCGUUUCCCGAAGCCGCUGCAGCAGUACAAGAUCCUCACGUUCUUUGGGAGCAACAUCGUCGUCACAGAGGCGGACGAGUGGAAGCGCCAUCGGAAGAUCUCCGCCCCGUCCUUCUCGGAGAGGAACAACAGACUUGUGUGGGACGAGACUAUCAACAUCGUCAAGGAGCUCAGCGACGAUGUCUGGCGCGGAAAGAACGAAGUCACCAUGGACAACAUCGUCGACCUAACAGUGCCGAUCGCGCUCUUCGUUAUCGGCGUAGCAGGCUUCGGCCGCCGCAUGUCGUGGGUCGAGGACUUCACGGUACCUGUGGGCCAUUCGAUGCCGUUCAAGGAUGCACUUCACCUCGUUUCGAAUCACCUGUGGAUGAAGGUUCUGCUCCCGGCCUGGUUCCUGCGCUCCGCGCCGAUCCCCCGCGUGCGGAAGUUUCACACCGCGUACGAAGACCUCGAGAAAUACAUGAUCGAGAUGAUCCAAGCGCGCAAGACCGCGGAGAAGAAGGAGGAGCGGUAUGACCUGUUCAGUUCGUUGCUUGACGCGAACGAGGAGGAGACGGACGGAAAUACCAAGCUGAGCGAUAGCGAACUCAUGGGGAACAUCUUCAUCUAUCUCAUCGCUGGUAAAGUUACGACGGCGCAUACCUUGGCGUUCACGUUCAUUCUGUUGGCUUUGUACCAGGAUGAACAGGAGAAGCUAUACCAGCACAUCAAGAGCGUCGUCCCAGACGACAGGCUCCCCGCAUACGAGGAGAUGGGCAAGCUCACGUACUGCUACGCCAUGCUCCUGGAGACCCUCCGCAUGUUCCCUCCCGUCAACCUGAUCCCGAAGCAGGCCGCGGAGGACACGACGCUGCACACGAGCAACAUGGCGGGCGAGCCCGUCGCCGUGCCGUGCCCCGCCGGCACCGCGCUCGCGAUCCACACGCCUGGCCUACACUACAACCCGCGCUACUGGGAAGACCCGUUCGCGUUCAAGCCAGCGCGCUUCCUCGGCGACUGGCCGCGCGACGCGUUCCUGCCGUUCAGCGCGGGGCCGCGCUCGUGCCUCGGGCGGCGGUUCUCGGAGACGGAGGCCGUCGCGGUGCUGACGUACAUCGUCGCGCGGUGGCGCAUCGACGUGAAGGAGGAACCCCAGUUCGCGGGGGAGACGUUCGAGCAGCGCAAGGCGCGGCUGCUGGACUCCAAGUCUGCGAUCACGCUGUAUCCGGUCAGGGCGCCGCUGGUGUUCAAGCGACGAUAGAGCGCAGAUGAGCGUGGUGUGUUUGUGACAUUGACUAGUUUGUUUUAUGGUAGGGACUUUAUACCAGACGUGUCGGGAUUUUUGCUUACCUCUAAGUGUGAGUGGGGGCCGGAUGCUAACGUUUCAUGGU